UAUCGUUUUGUUCCGUAACAGCCUACGUUUUGUUCUUUCGAUGAAGCAUUGUCACCUGCCCUUGUCACGGUGGCUUUUCGUACCACCCGUUUUUUUCUGUUGAGUGUCAGCGCGUCGUGGCUGUGUCGCGUCAGGCCUCGAGCUGCAAUGCCUUCCCGUCUCGCGAACGGUCUCUACACAAUGGCGGUCGACUCGUGAAAUGUCGGGAAUAUGAGAACGAGCAUUCGUGAGCUCCCUUCAGCGACUGUGGACAUCCUGUCAAUGAACGAGACACUCUUCGCCCAGGGAAGCACAACGAAGUCAUGCAAGCAGGGCUUGUAGCACUUUUCAACCAUACUCACGCUUAAGCUGAAUAGUACUGUCGUGUAGGACGUGUGAAAUGCAAGUCUUGGUACUUUCAGCUUGUUUCGCAAUAUCCAUUGCUCGGGUGCCAGUCCAAGAGUUCUCCUCUCCUAAAGGUCCCCUCCAGAAUGUCAUAUAUCUAGCAUUGCCUGGAAGCGAGCACACAAUAGUUGUGGGUGGACGAAAUGUGCUCUACAAACUGUCAGCGAAACAUUUAUCUCUAUUGGCUACCUUCGCCACUGGUCCGGUAUACGACAAUCCACAGUGCCCUCCUGACCCUUACUACUGCAAGUUCGCGAGGACGAGACUUGACAACGACAAUCGAAUUCUUCUGCCCUUGUCCUCUCCGCAUGUGCUCGCGUGCGGGUCGACGUCCCAGGGUAUUUGCUCUGUUCACAGACCCCUGGAAGACCUCAAGGUUGCGGAGCCUAUGAAUAAGAACAGCACAGUCAACUAUGUCGCUUCUAGGCUGAGCACUGUCGCUUUCUUCGGCACCAACAAAAGUGUCCUGUUCGUCGCAUCGACUUACGACGAUAGGCCUCUGGAGUACCACCCUUACGCAGUGUCUGCCAGGGUACUUGACGAACGAAACACCUUCAAGAUGGGUUCCUCGUAUGUGAACGUAGUCGGCAACAAGAAGCAGACCAGCAAGAUUCGUUACGUACACGGUUUCAGCCACAAGGGUUUCGCCUACUUUGUGGCUGUGCAGAAGAAGCCGCAGACUCCCAUGCCCCCCGAAACACGGCUGGCACGUGUAUGCGAGAGUGAUGCUUCUUUCCGUACGUACACGGAGAUUUUGAUAACGUGCGCGCACGAAGGCAAGCAGGAGUACAUGAACGCGUCCAGUGCAGCCUAUAGUCCUUACACGAGUGGAGAUAACACUGACGACGAAGUACUCCUCGUGGCUUUCGUGCCGAGCACCGGAAAUCAGGGUAAAAGCAACCGAUCCAAGUUUGCGCUCUGUCUUUUCGACAUGAGCCGUGUCGAAGAAGAGUUUCGCAAGACAGUUGAGAAAUGUAACGACGGCCAGCAAGAGACAGCCCGACUUUCCCGCCUCUUCAGCAAUGGCACCGACCUGACGUGUCAAAUUGACGUGAGUAAACAGAACAGGUUUGUGCACAGCAAUCCCGGUAACAACGAUUUCUGCACCCCGAGUGUCAACGAUUACAUUGAAGGCAUUACUCCACUGCUGGGCACAUCGAUCAUCUCUCUUGAAAGCGAAGUAACAUCGCUGACAGUGACACAGCAGAAUGGAACUACUGUGGCGUGGGUUGGUGACCGAAAAGGAAAUCUGCAUAAGUACUUGAUUUUACAUCAGUCGCUGCAGUCAAAGCCCCUUUGGACAUACAAAGUAGCAGCUGUCCCCAUUGAGAAGGCCACAGCUGUGGAUCAUGACGGUUCUCACGGAUAUUUUCUGGCAGGAAACAGUGUUGUAAGAUUUCCAUUAGGCUCAUGCAUCGUCUACGAGGACUGCUCGGACUGCUUGCAGAAAAGUGAAGACCCGCUAAAAUGCGGAUGGUGCGACGACAGGUGCGCGCACUCGUACGAGUGUCCCAGGGGCAAAAAACUUGUCUCGGAUCGCUGUCCCAUCAUAGUAAGCCAGGUACAACCGAAGAAAGGUCCAACAGCCGGAGGCACCAUCCUGAAAAUUCGUGGCAAGAACUUCGCUUCCGUUAGCUAUAAUCCAGACAAAAGUAUGAAUGUCACUGUUGGCGGUCAGCUGUGCGACUAUAUCGCGUGGUCGGAGAAUCGUAUAACAUGCAGGACACCACCUGGAAACAAUGCCUCAACAGUAGACAUCGUUAUAGCGGUAAAUGACGUAGCCACUGAUGAGUUCCGAAAGUAUGACGUCUUGGAUCGUCAUGUCAUUACUGCUGCCUUUGAAUACAAGGACCCCACACUGAGAGGCCUGUUCCCAAAUCACGGCCCAAUAGCCGGAGGAACACCAAUCACUCUUCAUGGCACGGAUUUUGACUCUGGAUCCAAAACAAAGGUGACAAUUGGUCCAACAAAAUGCGAAAUAACAAGGCUCAAGAAGACAUUUCUGGAGUGCAGCUCGAGCCCCGUGAAUAGCAGCUUCGUAGGCCAGAGCUUGCAAGUCAAACUCAUCACGGAUGACUUCGAAGUGCCUUUCACCUCAGUGAACGAUUCGGGUUUCGCAUUCACCUACAAGCCGGACCCAGUGAUCUACAGCAUUGCACCUAAGGAAGCAUCUGUCAGUGAGGAGCCCAUCAUUAAUGUGACGGGCAUAAACUUGGACAGUGUCGCUGCACCCGUGAUGGUCACUCAAGUGGCAUCUUCGCAACAAUCCAGCCAGCACGGGAACAUUGAAAAGGCGUGUGUCGUUGCCAGCGGUGGUCAACAGAUGACGUGCAGUGGCCCUUUGUUGACGGAAUUUUCAGUGCUGAACGCUACAGACUUGCAAGUGCACGACAAACCAAUAACAGCCCACAUUACGUUUAAGAUGGAUGGCCUUCAUUUACCACGGUCAAUCGAUGGCACGGCUGGAUAUUUCACAUUCAACUACCAUCUAGAACUCUGGGUCGACCGCUUUCCCGAUGAAGGAAUUGGAGUUGACUUCUGGCACCCAGUCGUGAAACUAAAGUGCUCUUGGGAGACUAAGCAGACGUUAGUUAUAAUCGACAGGAUCAGCACGCCAGUAGGAGGUUAUCGGAGUCAACCUCAAUUUUGGCACUAUCACGAAGCUCAGCAAGGUUACUGGGAAAAAAGCCCGCUGUCCUGGUCGUACCAAGGUGCUAUUGCCGGUAUUAUCGUCGCAGUCCUGGUGGUUUCCGUCUUCGGUGUUGGAUUGGUCCUCUACUGGCGACUCCUGGCCAACAAGACUAAGCCUCUUGUUUACUUUGUUGACUUCGAAAACCGUAACGUCGGCAACCAUGCAGUGGAUGGUGAAGACUCUCCGAGGUACCAGGAGGCAAUAGGGAACGUCAAUGGACGUGGCGUUGGAGAGACCGCCUUUCAAUUGGACGAAGAAACAAAGGCAAUUCUGCAGGCUGACAAGCUGCUUUUCAGCAGAGAGCUCGUUGUUCUUGGUCCAGUGGUCGGCCAAGGGCACUUCGGCUGCGUCUACCGGGGAACACUGGAACUUCAAGGCAAGGAGGAGGUGCUGAGGGUUGCAAUCAAGACGCUACACAACAACUCCCGUGGUGGUGACAGCGAUAGCCAACAAUUCUUGAAGGAGGCGCUGAUCAUGAAAGAUUUCAAUCACGAGAAUGUGCUUCCACUUAUCGGUCUUUGCUUGGACGAAAGAGAUGGACUCAUGGUCAUCACACCUUACAUGAAGUACGGAGACCUGCACUCCUAUCUACGUGACGAGAAUAAUAGACCAACAUUAAGAGAUCUCAUAACGUUCGGAAUACACGUGGCCAAAGGCAUGGAAUAUCUGGCACACCUGAAGUUCGUGCACAGAGACCUUGCUGCUAGGAACUGCAUGUAAGCUCAGCGAGAUCUCAUCGUCAGAAUAGCCGACUUUGGUCUGUCGAGAGACAUCUACGAGAGAGAUUAUUACAGCGAACAAGACAGAAAGACUAAGCUGCCCGUGAAGUGGAUGUCUCCAGAGAGCUUGGAGGCCGGAGUCUACGAUCACAAGACUGACGUGUGGUCCUACGGCGUGCUCUUGUGGGAACUGAUAACCCGUGGAGCGGCACCGUAUGCGCACGUCGACAACUGGGACAUGCUCAACUUUCUUAAGGAUGGACGUAGGAUGCAGCAGCCUUAUUUUUGCCCCGACCAAUUGUAUAAAAUCAUGCUUCAAUGUUGGGAGCUGGACCCUGGGAAGCGUCCCGCAUUCGCAAGGCUUGCAACUGAUGUGGCUAGUGUGAUUACCAGCCUUGAGAAGAAGAAUGAAGACAAGAGGAUCAGUUUGAACGUCACAUACAUGAACUGCCCGCGACCGUACACCGCUGAUUUAGAGAGCCGGUGACUGUAACCGCCGGAAGCAAGCCUGCGCGGGAACACUUUUGGAAAAUAUCAAGAUGAUUACAUAAGAGUUUCCGUUUUUUUUCUGUUUUGUUCCAAAGAAAUGUUAUAGGCCAAUGCAAUGAUGGUCAAACUCAAAACGGGGAAAUUUCUGCGCACGUAAAAGUACCAGAUAAUUAUUGUUGCACGAAAACACUUCGAUUACAGAAAAAUCUGUAAGCUUAGCGCUGCGGGGGUGGUCCAUCUUGUCAAUAAACCAUGUUUUACAUAUAAUGAAAUCC